AAAACACUAAACAGAGCUCUCGUCUGUCUUCGUCUUCGUCUUCUUCGAGUUUUCGAUCUAUUUCGAUCGAUCGAAACCCUAGAUUAGAUGGCGAAUGUUUUCGUUUCCAUGGAGGUCGGGAGAGAUGGAGUCGCCGUGAUCACCAUCUCUAAUCCACCUGUUAACGCGCUGGCUCCGAUUAUUAUUGAUGGCUUGAAGAAGAAUUACAAGGAAGCCAUGGAUAGAGAUGAUGUUAAGGCAAUCGUUUUGACUGGUAAUGCUGGAAAAUUUUCUGGUGGUUUUGAUAUCAAUGUUUUUGCAGAAGUGCAUAAAAAUGGUGAUCUUUCACGUCUACCUGAUGUCUCUGUUGAUCUUGUGGUGAAUACUAUUGAAGAUGGCAAGAAACCUUCUGUUGCAGCUAUUCAGGGGCUUGCCCUUGGUGGAGGUUUGGAACUAGCUAUGGGUUGCCAUGCUAGAAUAUCCACUCCAGAAGCACAACUUGGAUUGCCAGAAUUGACACUUGGUGUCAUUCCUGGGUUUGGAGGUACCCAGCGGCUUCCAAGGCUCGUGGGAUUGCCAAAGGCUAUAGAGAUGAUGCUGUUAUCAAAGUCAAUCCGAGCGAAGGAAGGGAAGGAGUAUGGCCUCAUAGAUUCUGUUGUUUCUUCUGGGGAAUUGUUGACUGUUUCACGGCUUUGGGCAUUAGAUAUUGCUGAGAAGCGAAAGCCAUGGGUCACGUCUCUUCAUCGCACUGAUAGGCUUUGUUCCCUUUCCGAGGCAAAUGAAAUAUUGAAAGGUGCUAGGCAACAGGCUAAGAAGAUUGCUCCAAACAUGCCUCAACACCAGGUGUGCCUGGAUUCAAUUGAGGAGGGCAUUGUUUUUGGUGGAUAUGCUGGUGUUCUCAAGGAGGCGAAGGUUUUUAAGGAGCUAGUGUUAUCAAGCACCGCAAGAGGCCUGGUAUAUGCCUUCUUUUCCCAGCGUGCAACUUCUAAGGUACCCAACGUGACUGAUGUUGGAUUGAAACCAAGGAAUAUUAAGAAAGUGGCUGUCAUUGGUGGUGGUCUUAUGGGUUCUGGCAUAGCGACUGCUCUUCUAUUAAGUGACAUUUCUGUUAUUAUCAAGGAAAUUGAUUCCAGGUUUCUACAGAAAGGCAUCAAAACAAUUGCAGGAAAUCUUGAAGGCCUAGUGAAGAGGAGGUCUAUUUCACAGGAGAAGAUGAAUCAGGCAUUGUCACUUCUUAGCGGUGCACUGGAUUACUCUGAGUUCAAGCAUUUGGAUAUGGUUAUCGAGGCUGUUAUUGAAAAGAUCCCUCUCAAACAAUCCAUAUUUGCGGAUUUGGAAAAGGCCUGCUCUCCGCACUGCAUUUUUGCAACCAACACAUCCACUAUUGAUCUCAAUAUUGUUGGACAGAAGACAAGUUCUCAAGAUCGUAUCAUUGGGGCUCAUUUUUUCAGUCCUGCUCAUGUGAUGCCCCUGCUGGAAAUUGUUCGAACGGAAAAGACAUCUCCUCAAGUCAUCCUUGAUCUCAUGACUGUUGGGAAGUUGAUAAAGAAGGUCCCCAUUGUUGUUGGAAAUUGCACAGGCUUUGCUGUUAAUCGCACCUUCUUCCCAUACACACAAGGAUCUCUUCUCCUUUUGCAUUUAGGGGUGGACCUGUUCAGGAUUGAUAAAGUAAUCAGCUCUUUUGGAAUGCCAAUGGGCCCUUUCCUAUUGCAAGACUUGGCUGGGUAUGGAGUAGCUAGGGCUGUUAAGGGAGUAUUUGCUUCUGCCUUCAAUGGUCGGACCUUUGAAUCUGAUCUUGUUGAAUUGAUGGUAGAAGCUGGGAGAGAAGGAAAGAGCAAUGGAAAGGGUUAUUACAUUCAUGAAAAGGGCAGCAAGCCAAAACCUGAUCCUACAGUACUUCCUAUCAUCAAUGAAUCUCGAAGACGAGCUAACAUCAUGCCUAAUGGAAAGCCAAUAAAUGUGAGUGAUCGGGAAAUUCUGGAGAUGGUUUUCUUUCCAGUCGUGAAUGAAGCCUGCAGAGUAUUGGAUGAAGGGAUUGUUGUUCGAGCAUCAGAUCUUGAUGCUGCAUGUAUUCUUGGAAUGAGUUUCCCCAAGUACCGGGGUGGCAUUAUUUUUUGGGCUGACACGGUUGGCCCUCGUUACUAUAUACUCAUGUCUCAAGAAGUGGGAAGACAUUUAUGGUGGCUUCUUUAAACCGUCAAAAUAUUUGGAAGAGAGAGCUAAGAGAGACCUACCUUUGAGCAUGAUGAACUUACCAGAAUCUUCGACAAGGUCACGCAUCUAAGAGCCCAGUGAUUUUGAGGACGUACCUACCAUGGUGGAUAAUUUCAAUUGCUUAUGUGCAAAUACUGGGCACAUAUGCACCAUCAAAGCUAAAGAAGCUCCAUUCGGUCGGGAGUUAAAAAUAAUUGUGAAAAAUAACUUAAUUUUAAACUUAUUUAGCUUGUCGUGUUACUGUCAGUAGUAUUUAUUGAAAGUUAGCUUGGGCAGCUCAAUUUCAGUUAAUAGGGAUUUUAUGUUUCCUGGAACAGUGUCAAUGAUCAAUAAAAUUUAGUUAGCAUUUGCAAGCCCUUGUUCCGAAAGGGGCAUAAAUAAACAUGCUGUAAAUGAAACGCUUUGCAAUGGUUUAUCAAACAGGAUGAAAUAAAUGACUUAAAAGUUCUUGUUAAUUAUUUA